ACGUGACAGGGGCGGUGCGGCCCCUGCCGGACCCCGUAGCGGCGGCGGCGCGUCAUGGGCUGCUGCUAUAGCUCCGAGGCUGAGGCCUCCGAUCAGGAAGAAGAAACGAAACGGCUGCUGGAGCCGGCGGCCAGCCCUCCCAACAAGGCACUGAAUGGAGCAGAGCAGAGCUGUCACAGCCUGCCCUCAGCCCGCACCGACGAGCAGGCCAUGCUGUCCUCCAUCCUCGCCAAGACGGCCAUUAACAUCAUUGACGUGUCGGCAGCGGAUUCGCAGGGGAUGGAGCAGCACGAAUACAUGGACAGAGCCCGGCAGUACAGCACACGCCUGGCUAUGCUGAGCAACAACCUGACGCACUGGAAGAAGCUCCCUCUGCUGCCAUCUCUCACCAACCAACCCCACCAGGUGCUGGCCAGCGAGCCCGUCCCCUUCACAGACCUGCAGCAGGUAUCCCGGAUAGCUGCCUACGCCUUCAGCGCUCUCUCACAGAUCCGCGUCGAUGCGAAAGAAGAACUGGUUGUACAGUUUGGCAUCCCCUGAGCCCAACCCAGCACAGCUUCACCGGUUUGGGCUUUGGUUGGCUUAUGUUUUUUUUUUUGGGGGGAGGGGAGGGGUUGUAUUUUUUUCUCCUCCUCCUUUUUGUCUUUAUUUCCCCCCCCCCUCCCCCUUUCAUCCCCACGGCACAGAACUUGUACAUACACCCCACCAGCGCUCCCACAGACCCCACCAGCGCUGCCCCUGUGGCUUCUUCCCCACUGUAUGCAUGGGGGGCAGUGGGGAGGGGGCUGCAGCCUCAUUGCUGGGGGGCUGACAUCCCCCCCCCCCCCCCCUUCCCCCCUUCACCCUGGGAAGGGCAGGCAGGAGCUGCAUGCUCCCGGAGGAGACCUUCCCAUCGGCUUCCUCCACCCUCCUCCUCCUCGUUUCUAUUGGGUUUUCUUUUGGGGGGGGUGGGUUUGUUUUAAUUAUUCUCCUUCUGCCAUCGCAGAUAAAAACACAUCCAGCCUCCUCUGUGUCCCACCUGGUCGCUGGGCAGCAGUGGGGUGCGUUGGCUGUGGGUUCAUUCAUUA